AUGAGCACCGGAGCUGCUGGGUCAACUACUCCACCUGCCACGGGUGCUCCUGGAGCCAGGCCAUAUGAAAACUUUCUGGAAAUCGAAGUCAAGAAUCCUGAAUUCCAUGGAUCGGGUCGAAACAAACAUGUCGACUAUGAAAUCAUCUGUCGAACCAACAUUCCUGCAUUCAAACUACGCCAAUCUUCUGUACGUCGCAGAUACAGUGAUUUCGAAUGGUUUCGUGAUGCCUUGGAACGUGAAAGUACACGUGUGAAUAUCCCCGCUCUGCCUGGAAAAGUCUUUACAAAUCGAUUCACUGAUGAAGCCAUCGAGGGUCGUCGAAUUGGUUUGGAAAGGUUUUUACAAAUCGUCGCUGGUCAUCCUCUCUUACAAACUGGAUCAAAGGUGCCUAAUAUUGCCUUCUUGUCUGAUCAAACCCCUAAAUCUUACUCGCAUUUUUCAUAG